UCCCUAAGGAGUACGUAGGGUUCGGUUUUUUAGAAAUUAAUAAGCUUGUGUAAACAUGGUGUUAUUGAUAUUUGGCUAUGCGUUAUCUUAUCAACGGAGACUUCGAAUCGAGAAGAUUCAAAGCGAUGGAGCUCACGAAGCGAUGUUGGCGGAGAGUCGGAAGCCGCAAGUCAAGAGCAAACAGACCCACAGUCAGGAAGAAUAUGAGGCACUACAGAGUUUUCUACGCAGUAUUAGUUCCACCGCAACACUACCGCCCUAUGUCAAAGGAGAAACUUACUCUUCUAUGCGAGGCGUCUUCAACCAGUGCCUCAUCACAUGCGCAGUAUUAGUGCUGGCGGCCGGCGCUGGUCAUCCGAUCGGUUUCUCCGCGGUGGCGCUGCCGCAGCUUCAAAAUGAGAACUCCAGCAUGAGGAUAGACGAGGAAAUGGGCUCGUGGAUUGCUAGUAUACAUUCUGCGGCGACACCACUGGGGUCAAUGUUAUCUGGGCCCAUCAUGGAGGCGAUAGGGCGGCGGCGCACGCUGCAGGCCUCCACUUUCCCGCUGGUGCUGGGCUGGAUACUAAUCGGUACCGCAAUGCACCACGCGUUGCUGCUACUCGGCAGGAUCGUGUGCGGCUUCGCUGUUGGCAUCAUGGCGGCCCCCUCGCAGGUGUAUUUAGGAGAAAUAUCAGAACCUCGUUUACGUGGUUUGCUGAUUGGCACACCAUUCGUGGCGUACUCUCUCGGAGUACUAUAUGUGUAUGCUCUGGGCGGCGCGCUACCCUGGCGUUCUGUGUCCUUCCUCUGCAUCGUGUUGCCAUCGCUCGCCUUCGUCGUGCUUUGUCUUUCCCCUGAGAGUCCCACCUGGCUCGCCAGGAAGGGACGCUUCCACGAAGCCAUGGCCGCUAUGGGCAGACUACGUGGAAACCCAGAGAUCGCGCAAAGGGAGCUCCACGAACUGAUAUCGGCGCGGGAGAAAGAGAAGGCAUGUGGCGAGGAGACUAUUCGGUUCUUCGCGACAGUGUCGAGGGCGCCCGUGCUCAAGCCGCUGCUGCUCAUCAACGCGUUCAACAUGCUGCAGAUCCUGUCCGGUAGCUACAUCGUCAUAUUCUACGCCGUCGACAUCGUCAAAGAGGCUGGCGGCUCACUCAGCCCUCACAUGGUAGCAAACGCGAGCGCAUGUACAAGACUCGGCGUGACCGUGAUAGCCUGCAUCUUGCUGCUGAAGAUAACGCGUCGCUCCCUCGUGAUGGUGUCCGGCGUUGGCACAGCGGUGUGCACUCUCGCCCUCGCCUUCCUGCUGUACCAGGACGCGGGUUCCGGCAUCAUAACGCCCGUACUCAUCCUGGGCUACGUAGCCUUUAAUACUCUAGGCUUCUUCUUACUUCCCGGCCUCAUGAUCGGAGAACUCCUCCCCACCAAAGUCCGUGGUCUCUGUGGCGGUUACAUAUUCUGCGUGUUCAAUGCGGUCCUUUUCGGUUUUACCAAACUUUAUCCAGUUAUGAAGAACUCGGUCGGUAUGUCAGGUGUAUUCGCGCUCUUCGGGUUCGCCGCGACUCUGGCCACGGUCGUUCUAUUCCUCCUCCUUCCAGAAACCAAAGGAAAAUCCCUUCUCCAAAUAGAACAGUAUUACCAGAAACCCAACAUACUUUGGGUGACGCGCAAAAAAACAACCGACGGUCAAUAAGUUUAAGUAUUAAGUUAUAAUAAGUAUAAUAAGUGUGUUAGGCUAACACAAAGCGUUGUCUCACCGCCCUGUUGCAACUUAGAUUAAAUAGUUCAAAUUAAAAGGGCAAAAUAGCUAUUCAAUAGUCCAUAUAGUGUAACGUAGUCUUCUAUGAGUACAAACAGUUUUUUUACUUCCAAACUGUAACAAACAGAAACUAAACUGAAGCCGACAGUUAUGUGGUUUUCAAUACCUAAUGUUUACCAAACUAUUUAUUACUUCACACGAUUUUCUAAGAAAGGAACUGAGAUAUGGUGCUUUUAAUAACACUUUGGCGAUUUUAAUUUUGGAUUGUUAUACCUUUAUUAUAUAUUAAAAAAAUCUUGGUCAAAAAAAGCGACAUUAACAAAACUAAAUUUUUCAUAUUCCCGAUACCGAAAAUAUGGCGGCAAAAAUAAUUGUUGUUAUACUAUGAACAGGACCAGUUUGUUAAAACGAAUGAAAAAUAUUUUAGAUUGCAUUUUUUUACCGUUAUUUACAACUCAAUAUAUAAAAUGUUUUAAAUUAUUAAAGUCGCAAAAUAUUAGGCCAAUUUUAAUGAGUGUCAAUGCAAAUUAAUUAACAAUAUAGUUCUUAAUGAUAAACUAGAAAUCGGAUUACAGAAAAAAGAUACUUUGAAUAUACGGAUGUUAUUUAU